CCGCCGGGUUCGCAAACAACCGCGCGAACGGGCCGAAGGAGCCGGGAGCGGGGGGCGGGGCGGGCUGGGGGGCGGGCGGAAGUCACAGCCGGGGAAGCCAGUCGGGACCUUCCCGCCUCCUUCCCCAGGGUCGGUCCGAGAGGAGGAGGGUCACCGCCUCCUCCUGCGCGGAGAAGGGGGGCGGAGCCCGGCUCAGGACAAUGGAUUUUCCUGGUCAUUUUGAGCAGAUCUUCCAGCAGCUGAACUACCAGAGACUUCACGGCCAGCUCUGUGACUGCGUCAUUGUAGUGGGGAACAGGCAUUUCAAAGCCCACCGCUCCGUGCUGGCGGCAUGCAGCACGCAUUUCCGAGCUCUGUUCUCCGUGGCAGAGGGAGAUCAGAGCAUGAACAUGAUCCAGCUGGAUAGUGAGGUGGUGACAGCAGAGGCCUUUGCUGCACUGAUUGACAUGAUGUACACCUCCACCCUCAUGCUGGGGGAGAGCAACGUUAUGGAUGUCUUAUUGGCAGCCUCUCACCUGCAUCUGAACUCCGUUGUUAAGGCAUGUAAACAUUACCUGACAACAAGGACGCUGCCCAUGUCUCCCCCUGGCGAGCGUGUCCAGGAGCAGAGUGCUCGCAUGCAGCGCUCUUUCAUGCUGCAGCAGCUGGGACUGAGCAUUGUGAGCUCAGCCCUCAGUUCCAGCCAAAGUGGCGAGGAGCCGCCAGCCCCCAUGAGCUCAUCCAUGCGCAGCAACCUGGACCAGCGGACACCCUUCCCCAUGAGACGCCUCCACAAGCGCAAGCAGUCUGUAGAGGAGCGGACCCGGCAGCGCCUCCGGUCCUCCAUGGACGAAUCUGCCAUUUCAGAUGUUACUCCGGAGAGCGGCCCUUCGGGAGUUCAUUCUCGGGACGAAUUCUUUUCCCCAGAUUCUCUGAAAAUUGUGGACAACCCUAAACCCGAUGGGAUGGCUGACAACCAGGAGGACAGUGCUAUGCUGUUUGAUCGGCCUUUCGGUGCCCAAGAAGAUGCCCAGGUGCCCAGCCAGUCCGACGGCAGUGCUGGCACCAUGGCCUCUCGUGCAACUCAGGUUGAAACUAGUUUUGAACAAGAAGCUGUAGCCGAGAAAGGCAGUUUCCAGUGUGAAAAUCCUGAGGUUGGCCUUGGGGAGAAGGAACAUAUGAGAGUGGUGGUCAAGUCUGAGCCCCUGAGCUCUCCCGAGCCGCAGGACGAAGUGAGCGAUGUCACCUCCCAAGCGGAGGGCAGCGAGUCUGUGGAAGUGGAAGGAGUGGUGGUCAGUGCCGAGAAGAUCGACCUCAGCCCCGAAAGCAGCGACCGGAGUUUCUCAGAUCCGCAGUCCAGUACGGACAGGGUCGGGGACAUCCACAUUUUGGAAGUCACAAAUAAUCUAGAACACAAGACCUCUUUCAGCAUCUCAAAUUUUCUCAACAAGAGCAGGGGGAAUAACUUCAGUGCAGGUCAGAGCUCCGAUGAUAACAUCCCAAACACCACCAGUGACUGCCGCCUGGAGGGCGAGGCCCCCUACUUGCUGAGUCCAGAGGCUGGGCCUGCAGGUGGGUCUUCCUCAGCCCCUGGUUCCCAUGUGGAGAACCCAUUCAGUGAGCCUGCAGACUCCCACUUUGCCAGGCCCAUGCAGGAGGUGAUGGGCCUGCCGUGUGUGCAGACCUCAGGCUACCAAGGAGAACAGUUUGGGAUGGAUUUUUCCAGGUCUGGCUUGGGUGUCCACUCUUCCUUCUCCAGGACAAUGAUGGCUUCCCCAAGAGGAGGAGCCAGUAACUUUCCCUACUACCGCCGCAUAGCUCCCAAAAUGCCGGUUGUAACUUCCGUCAGGAGCUCCCAGGUCCCUGAAAACUCCGCCAGUUCCCAGCUAAUGAUAAAUGGGGCCACCUCGUUUGAAAAUGGCCACCCUUCUCAGCCUGGCCCUCCGCAGUUGACCAGGGCAUCUGCUGAUGUCUUGUCAAAGUGCAAGAAGGCCUUAUCAGAGCACAAUGUCUUGGUUGUAGAGGGGGCUCGAAAGUACGCCUGCAAAAUCUGCUGUAAGACCUUCCUGACUCUGACGGACUGUAAGAAGCACAUCCGAGUUCACACGGGUGAAAAGCCCUACGCCUGCCUCAAGUGCGGCAAGAGGUUCAGCCAGUCCAGCCACCUGUACAAACACUCCAAGACCACCUGCCUGCGCUGGCAGAGCAGCAACCUCCCCAGCACCUUGCUCUGACUGCUCUCAUGUGGGACAGUCCGUGGGGGACAGUCCAUGGGCGAGGGCUGUACUGAGAUAGAUGAAAGUCGCUCUCAGUAGGCAGCUAAGGCUCGGGACUGGAGGCCGCAGCUGGCCGGAGGCUCUUGGAAUUUCAGCCCGUAGUAAGCAGAGGACUGUGAGGUGUGGCGUGUACAGUGCUGCCUUUCUGAGUGAGGUGUGCACCAGGGGAAGUGAGCGAGUGAGCGCUGGAACCCAGGCCUUCCUCGGGGGUGAGGAAUGCAGUCAUAGAGUAGUUUGUCCUUGAUGGUAAGAGUGGGAAGCUGGAAACAUUGCAACACUAUUUUAAAGCCCUGGGAAGCGUUUAAUUAAGUUUCCUACAUCCUCUGAUGCGAGUAUUCCAACCCUGUACAGAAAUGCAAAACAUACGUCUGCGUAACCAGGUCACGUGGUGCUGUCUGGGAAAAAAAAAAAAAAGGCCCUGGAGGGCAAGCCUGUCUGCCACAAAUGCUUUAAAGUGUCUCCUGAGCUAGUCCUAGGCCUCAGAAGUACUGUAUUUGUUUUGUUUUAACCUGAGUUGCAGUCACAGACACUGCCCUCUGAUGGUGCUGGCACUGGGUCCAGGUAAACAUGCAAGCCUUGGACAACAGGUGUAUAGUAGAUACUUCUCAAUCAUCUCUGUGGAGUAGGUGUUUUAAUAAUUGUUUUUCUAGUCUUAAAAACAGUGUUGUAGUGGAGUGUGUACCUGUACGGAGUGACAGUGGUUGUUUCUGUACGUGCUGUGUUAGCAGUGUUUGAACCAACGUAUUGCCGAUGCUGUAGUUGUUUGAAGUCAGGAGGAAGCCAGUGUCCGUCUUCAUUCUGGCUAUAUGGCGUCCUGUUUUGUGAGUUUUCCUGGUGUAUUUGCCUUUCAUUCCAUCCAGAUGGCCAGGGCCAGCUCAGUCUGGCUAGCACAGCCACCCGAGAUCAGCUGCUCUGUCACUUCUUACUGCCAAGCCCCGUAGAACAUCUCUCCGGGCGGAACCAGCUGAACUAACCACAGCAGCCAUGGUUUAUUACUGCUCUGCUAGGCUUUCAAAGCUACCCCUCACUGUCAGCGGUGUCCUCCUUAACAGUACUCGGUUAGUUAUUUAAACCUAAAUGUGGUGGUGUCCAUGACUCAAUGUUUUCCAGGCUUUGGAAAAGUUAAGCAGCCUACAGCACAGAACUCACCAGAAACAUCCAAGGCUUGUGGGGAGGCAUUUGGUUCCCUGUCCAGGAUCUCUUGUGUCCUCUGUUUGCCUUGCUGUCAGGCCUGCUGCAUCCCGGCAUGCACCCAGGGAGCAGCAUGGAUGGGCCUGUGCGUAUCUGUAGGCUCGUUUACUUCAUUCAUGGACAUUACUUCAUUCAUUCUGGUUUUCUUUCAUAAAUCAGAGAUACCAAACCAUUGUGCAUAGUUCAGAGAAAUUCAGUUAAGUGUAGAAAGCUAUGUAUUUCUGUAUUUCCUAAAACAGAGUGUGCGUCUUCUCUUAAGCUAGUGUGACCAUGAAUCUGUGGAUAGACCUGUCAUGUUCUGAGCGAGCAUGGCAUCUGAACUGAUUCCUAGGGAGAAAAGCCCAAUGGAAACCUGGACCCUCCUAAGCAGGUGUGUGGGAGAGACACCAAUGGAAGCAAUAGGGUCACUUGAGAAACUGCUGUGUGGCUUAUUGUCAUCAGUCCUGUUGAGACAUGAUGGGGGUGGGUCUGUGUCCACCUUCAUGGUGUGGGGACCAGUGGGAGUCGUGGGUCAGCAUGGAGAAGCAGAGAUGCCCUGCCGGGUGAGGAGCCAGUGUCACAAGCAGAGAGGCAGUCCCUGCCAUCCUGUGUUAGGGAUGUAGUGUUGGGAGCCUGCCCCUCACCUCAGCUUGGAUACAGAUGGACUUGGGGCCUGCCUCUCCACAGCUGGACGGCCCUGGAAUCUCAUCUACCUCGUAGUCGGUCUCUGCGUGAGAAGCAAGCUUGCAGGCCAGUGUCCUCCAACAUGCUGUAGCACUUCAAGAUUUCCAAGGAUCCCUGGGGAACUAGACCCUGGGUUGCUGUGACCUGAGUUCUACUGGGAUUCUAACUGGUACUGGGGACCUGACUUUUGAUUUCUGUAGCCUUAAUUCUAGCCCGGCGGCAUAAUCAUGUACAAUCUUCUGGAGACGGCGUCAAGUGUAGAAGCACCCUGUUGGUGCUAAUGCUGGUUAAAACAGAUUUGAAAUAAAAAUUUGUCAUAGUCACGCCUCUAAA